AUGUCCUCCUCAACCAGUCGAUUCCCCCGCUCCUCAACUCCUCCCGAAAAAUCAUAUUUCGAACAGCAGCGCGAGAUCUUACUGGGAGAAAUAGCUAUUUCAUUCGAACACGUCCUCUCCAGUAUCAAUAAACUGAAUCGAUCUCUAGAAGGUGUAAUUGCUGUCGGCAAUGAAUUCUCCUCCGUCGAAGCCCUCUGGUCCCAAUUCGAAAACGUCAUGGCCAAAGAUCCCUCCUCUGAAUCCCCGCCCGAAGAAGAAGUACAGCAACAACACCAACACCAACACCACAGUAGCAGUAAACGCGAAGAGCACGAGGGAGAAGAAACGAUUAUGGAAGAUGAUACACGGGUUUAAGUCUACGAGUUGAGAGGAAGGGAAGGGAAGGGAAGGUUUGGAUGUGCCGAAUUGGAUCGGGCCUAUGGACUGCACAUAUCAUGAUAAAGAUGACAUGGCAAGAGGAGUUCUGGACUGGAGU